UUUUUUUUUUCCUUUUAUUUUCCCUUUUUAUCCUUGAAGAAAUGAAAUUCGGCCAACGUCUUAUCGACAACCAAUUUCCACCGUGGAAGAAUGAAUACAUCCAAUACGACCAACUAAAGUAUUUUUUAAAAUCAAGACAGUUCAGUGGUUGGUCUCGAGACGAUGAAGUAUAUUUCACACAGACCUUGCUGAUCACCGAACAAGACAGGGUCAAUAAUUUUAUUCAGCUUAAAAUCAAACAGGUCGGAUCCGACGCUAGAAAGGUUCAUGAUUUGCUUCAAUUCAUUCAAAUAAACGACACGGGCUUUUACAAAAUAUUGAAAAAACAUGACAAGUGGACUGGCAUCGUCUUGUUAUCAUCUCUCUAUCCUGAUAUGCAUCUUCAGUUCCAAUCUUGGAUCCAUAGUUUACAUCAGAUCUCUAGUAAUCACGUGCAGAAACAGGCGUCUCCUCCUGCAAAGCCUGUCACCACAACCAAGUUUUGGAUCCAUCCCGAUAAUCUUACCGAAGUACAGGCAAACCUCAUGUUUCAUUUACCUUUGACCUCUACAGAUAGAAUCAAUACCGUCUACUUUGAUCAUCCCACCACUUUCAACUUGUAUUCGGAACUACUGGAACGAAACGAAGAAGCAGAGAUCAUUCGUGCACGAUGGUACGGAGACACAAACAGAGAUGUUUAUUUCGAGCGUAAAAUACAUGGGGAAUCAUGGGUUCAUAACAAAGGUUCUUCCACAAAGACAAGAAUCCAUGUACCACAACACGAAGUGGCCAAUUUUCUCUCGGGUCGUUCUCAACCUAGAGACCCCAUCUUUCAAUCCAUGCAACAAAACCAGCUCAAGCCUACCCUGCGUUGUCACCAUCAUCGAGCUACCUACACCAACACUGCAGAUCCCACUUUACGCAUCUCACUCGAUACCAACCUGACCUUUAUCAAACAAGACUCCCUUGACAAUAGUGACUUUCAACACUUGUUAGAUCGCGAUCAGGUUAACUAUUUCCCUUUUGCCGUGCUGGAAAUUAAAACCACCAACAAUGCAUCGAUUCCUUCUUGGCUCACAGAAUUGGUGGAGUCAGGGCAUCAGCUGGUCUAUGAAGUGCCUUAUUUCAGCAAGUACAUGCAUGGUACGUCGCUUUUUUACCGUCAACUCUUACCUUUGCUGCCAUGGUGGUUGGGGGAGAUGAAUAUUGAUAUUCGACGUAAAAGUAGUUAUGCGACGAUCCAGUCACAACAUAGUGGACAGUGCAUUAUUAUUGAACCUCCCAUUUUACCUGAUUAUACCUCACCUGUUCAUCAUUCAAGAGAAGAAAGAAGAAUUGAAGAAGAAAGGGAGGAGGAAGAAGAGAAAAAGAUCUUUAAUAAUUCUUCAUGUACAGUGCAUGACAAUUCUCAUCAUCACCAAGAGACCUAUACGCAUGCCUAUGAUUCGUUUUUGAACAGUGCUAUUGUGGUUAAAAUGCGCGAUAUGAAGGAACUUUAUUUCAACGACCCUGAAGGGCAACCUCGAGACGAGAACUAUGUGAGUAUGGUCUCUUGGAUGUAUGCCAAAGUCACGGACAACCAACAACUUUUACAAAGCGAGACGUCCGUCAAGAAGGGUAAAAAAAAAGUUGAGCCUAAACUUUUCUUCAGUAAUGAACGUACCUUUAUCUCAUGGCUUCAGUUUAGUGCCUUGUUAUUAUCGGUUUCGUUGGGCUUAAUUAAUUUUGGUGAUCAUAUCUCUCGUGCAAGCGGAGGCUUCUUUAUUGUGAUCGCCAUGGGAUUGGCGGCCUACGCCCAAUUACGAUUUCAGUACAGAGCGUGGCAGAUUCGAUUUCGUGGUAAUUCGCGUUUCGAUGACGUGUAUGGUCCUGCCGUCCUCUGUCUGGUCUUGAUCAUUGCCCUCUUUGUGAACUUGGCUUUACGUGUAGGUCAACCGUUACCGGAAAACCCAAGUCCCUUUGGUAAUCAUCCUAACCAAACCACAAUGAUAGAAGAUUAAAAACCUCUGUAAAAAUAAGCCUUUGCUAAUGAUCCUCCACAACAAAAACAAAAAUAAAAAAUUAAUUAUUCCC